AUGGCCGAGAUAAACGAGCGAGCAUCGACAUCUUCACCACCUGAACCGUCAACACCUGCUCCUGGACCGGAAAUCAAGUAUCUCGCAGAUGUGAUGUACGAUCGAGUUGGCGCCUUCUUGCAAUCGCAGAUUCAAGGUACUAUCGAUGAAUACAAGCUUCUUGAGGAUAUGAACAUGGCAUCAGCUCAGAGAUAUGUCGAUAUGCGUGCAGUCGCUGACAAAGUAUCUGAAAAACUUGCGCGUCUAAAUAAUAAAUAUGAAUCGCUACGUCCAUAUCUGCAACAAAUCGACGAACUCGAUGAAAGCACACGCCGACUAGAAGAAGCUGCAAAUAUCCUUGAUCAAUAUGUCACUUCAUUAGGUGAGUUGGAACAGUGUGCUUGGUAG